GGUUUUCUUCUCGCCAAUGCUGUUUCUUUAGGUCUCAAAGAAUCAUUUUAAUAUGACUGUGUUUACAAGUAUACACUUUUCUUGAAUGCAAACCAUGACAUUUUAUUUAACAGUUUUAUGUGUCGCUGCAUGUAAAAUACAAUAUACGUGCUGCUACAGUUCAGAUUUUUAAAACAAUCACGAGUCUGUUUCAUUUUAAAAUAAUGCACUCCUGAGAGCAAAAAAGAUUUUUCCUGAGGAAGAACACCAAUACUAAACGUGGCUGUCGCUGUGAGAUGGUUUUUACUUUCUUGAAUAUGUAAAAUACAAUACGUGAAAAUGGAUGUGUGUCCUUUUUCCUCCCCUGAAAACUCAGAGAGACCAAUGAAAAAAGGACUAGGCCAAAUCGAUGAAAUGGAAUACAGCCAGAUCUGUGACGGCCAUUAUGGCCCACACUUCAGUCCGAGAGGUGGCGCUACUGCACCGACAAAUGUUUGCCAACAGCAAUAAAACUACAAAAGAAGGAUUUUCGCCCGUCUUUACUUCCGCUUGUUUGGAGCUGCGUGCCUAAGCGAUCAUGACCGCUGUUGUUGUCCGCCGACUAGCUGCCCUCUCUGGGGCUUCGGCGGUGGCACUAGGAGCCUACGGGGCGCACGGUUUUAAACACAGCGAUCCCGACGAUUACCAGAGAGUGCUAUUUGAAACCGCCAACAAAUAUCAUUUCUACCACAGUUUAGCCCUGCUAGGAGCUGCCCACUCCAGCAAACCUGCUGUGGCCGGGACCCUGUUGAUCACCGGUAUGGGAAUGUUCUGCGGAUCGCUCUACCACCAAGCCAUGACGGGGGACCCCGGCCUUCGCAAGGUUGCCCCUGUAGGAGGCAUGGCGAUGAUUGUGGGCUGGCUGGCGCUUAUCCUCUGACCGUCUCCGUACAUACAUGUGUGAUUAUGUUAUAAUGUAUGUACAGUAGGGGUGGGAACCUCUGAGAACGAUGAGCUCACGAUAUGGUGAUACAACAAUUGUAAAUACCCUAAAAUGGAAGACCAAUUGACCAAUAAAUGGCCCAAACCCAGGAAGACUGGCUGUGAAGCAGUGUUGUUUUUGACGGCCCUUUUCAUUUUUGUCUUAGUCAUCUCUCUAAAUGUGUUCGUCUACAUCUAGUUUUUGUUGAUGAGAACUCAAGUCUAAUUUUGUCUUGUUACAGUCAACAUUUACUAAAAAAAAAAAAAAAAUCAUCUGUAAAAUAAAAAAACAAAUACUGCAAAAACAGUUGGAUAAAUGCACUAUUUUGAAUGAACAUCGACAGACGAGCACAUACAGUGUAUUACAAAAGUGAGUACACCCCUCGCAUUUCUGCAGAUAAUUUAAGUAUAUCUUUUCAUGGGACAAGACUGACAAAAUAACACUUUGACACAAUGUUAAGUAGUCUGGGUGCAGCUUAUAUAAUAAAUUCAGUUUCUAAUGGGUGUACUCACUUUUGUUGCCAGGGGUUUAGCUAUUAAUGGCUAUAUUUUGAGAAAAUAAAUGAACUCUACUAUAUAAGCUCCACACAGAUACUUUUCAUUGUGUCAAAGUGUCAUUUUAUCAGUGUUGUCCCAUAAAAGAUAUAUCUGCAGAAAUGUGAGGGGUGUACUCACUUUUGUGAUACACUGUAUUGUAGCGUCCACUAAGACAAGGCCAACUUGUGAUGAUACACACUCAGCGGGAAGACGGUACAUUAUUUUCAAUUCAUUACUAUACUCACCUGGACGCCACAAAGUAUUUGUAAAAAAAAAAAAAAAAAAAGUUGUCCAAGAGUUAAGAGGACGCUCACUGUUACCAUUAGCCUAUUGCUUAUGUGAAUGCUAUGCUAAUGCUACGAGUUACAUUUAGUGUGUAAUGAUCACUCAGCAACAGUGCAUAUUGUCUCUCGCCAAGAAAACGAAUCUUACCCUGUGUCCAAGCCGUCAUGGAGACCAAAACUGGUGAGUCGGGAAGGGGCGGGGCACAUCACGAGUGGCAUAACCAGACACUGCUAAGACGCGGGCUAACUACACAUAAAAUGUCACACAUUGUGAACAUGUGACGGAAACUUGCGCAUUUUGGUCCGGUCAGACGCAAACUGGCAUUCGUCUCAUUAUGUUUUAGUCUCCCGAAACAUGUUUGUCACUCAUUAUUGUCUCGACAUUGUGUGUUCGUUGACGGAAUAUUUUCGUUGUCGUCGUCGUUAACGAAAACGACACUGCUGCGAAGCAUACCAACAACCCCUGGGAUGCCAAGUAUCGCAAAACAUUAUCAUUUAGAUGGAUGUCACGCCCCUAAUGUACAGACAUCAGACAAUGAUUAUAUCUACUUUUGCAAUGAAAAAGAUGGAUUCAAAUCUUUCGUUUAAUCAACUCAAAUCGGUUUUGCGAAUCUCAAUUUCCAACAGACAUAAACAACUGACCCACAGCAAUCACACUGGCCUUGAAAAGUAUUGGCUUCCUUAUUUAUUUAGUUAAUGACGUGUUUAAAUGAGCAUUAUCAGACUUUAAAUGCUCUCAUUUACCCCCCUGGCCUAGUAUAGAUAAGCUGCAUAUGCAUCACCUCCUGUUUUAUGGGCACGUCCGGGCUUAUCGCUAUCGACCAUUUACCCGACGAAAAUGGCGAUCGGGAGCUAUAUCUCUAGCUAAAUAUUGUCUAUUUUGUAAAUAUUGCUUUUUCACAACUAAAGGUAUGUACAGUUUAUAGGCAAAAGACGGUGGGAAACUAUUAUUUGUAAAUCCAAAUGAAUAGCAAAUUAGUCUUAUAACAACAUGUAUUUUCUUCAAAUAGUAGGGAAAGCACAUUCAUAUCAUUUUCUGAAACAUAGCCAUAGAAUUCUCAACAAUGUUGGGCUUCAAGACCACCUGAGAACAAAUGAACCAGCAUGAAGCUUUGAACCAAUUGGCUGCAAGCUGCAUCACUGCUCAAUGUAAUCUCUCACUCUCCUUGGGAGAGAUAGACGGCCUCUGCUGCCACCUACUGUCAACACUUGUGGUACAAACAUAUUGCUACCGUGCCUCAUGCCUCCCAGCAUGCAAUGAGGCACGACAGAUUUAAUAAAGUACAAAGUUCAUGUUCUGUGUAGGGCUGUCAAACGAUUAAAUUUUUUAAUCGAGUUAAUUACAGCUUAAAAAUUGAUUAAUUGCAAUUCAAACCAUCUAUAAAAUAUGCCAUAUUUUUCUGUAAAUUAUUGUUGGAAUGGAAAGACACAAGAUGGAUAUAUACAUUCAACAUACGGUACAUAAGUACUGUAUUUGUUUAUUAUAACAAUAAAAACAAGGUGGCGUUAACAUUAUUAACAUUCUGUUAAAGCGAUCCAUGAAUAGAAAGACAUUUAGUUCUUAAAAGAUUAAUGUUAGUACAAGUUAUAGAAAUUUAUACUAAAACCCCUCUUAAUGGUUUUGUUUUGAUAAAAUUUGUAAAAUUUUCAAUCAAAAAAUAAACUAGUAGCCCAACAUUGUUGAUGUCAAUAAUUACACAAUGCUCAUGGGUGCUUAAGCCCAUAAUAUCAAUUGCACCCAAGCGCCAGCAGAGGGCGACAGAACUCCAAAAUACACAAGUAACGAGUGGACAUUGCACUGUGCUGUCAUUUUAAUCUGUUUGAGCGGGGCAUGUGCGUUAAUUGCGUCAAAUAUUUUAACGUGAUUUAUUCAAAAAAUUAAUUACCGCCCUUUAACGCGAUAAUUUCAACAGCCCUAGUUCUGUGCUAAUUGCUUCUUCUGUUACUCGUCCAGUUUUGUCAUUAGUUGCUAGUUAUGCUAUUUAGAUUAUUGUUAUGUGAUCAUUUUAGUUUCGUUCUAAAACUGUGAGUUUGAGUGACCGUUGAUUUAAUCACCUGCCAUAGUUCGGAUCUGUGUACAUAUUAUAAGUGCAAACCAUUCCUCCCUACCUUGUGAGUGCUACAUCAUCUUUUGGCUAAUAUGAUCCAGAAUGGAAUCAUCAAAUAUUUUUAUUUGUAGCCGUUUGUAUUGCUCAUGAUAUGUUAGGGUGCAUGAGAAUUUUUAUUCAGAUUUGUUUUUGUUUUUUUCGGCAAAGCAAUUUGGCGCCCCCUCCGCCAGAUGGCGCCCUGUGCCGGCCCUGAAGUCACCUUGUGUGUCCUGAGAUUAAAAAAAACUGAAAAAUGUUUACAGAAACAGAUAUUCCAAGUUGAGGAAACAUUUGCACAAUAAACGAGAAACGACAUUUGUUACCCCACCAUUUCGGGAACAUCAAUAAGAACAUUUUGACACUUAUCAAAUGAUCUAUCUGAUUAUGUGUUAUAAUGAUUUGUAGAUGGGCUACACUCGCACCCGAGUGUCACAUCUUUUAACAUCAGAGGCUUGCGUCAUCCAUUCCAUCGCUCUUAGCCAAGAAAGAAUCGGGAGAGGCGGCAGAGACGGGCCCGUCCGCUGACAUGUUGUCUCAGAAUUCGGGCCGUUGUGUGCAAAGAGAGUCAACACCAGUCAGUGUCAUCGAAACACUGUUUGGCAGAGAGGCACAUGCACAUGACCAAAACAGCCUUAGGCGUGCACACGGUUAUGUCAACAAAAGUAUUUUCUUUUUUCAGUAAACAAAAAAGUCAUUCCGUGUUUUAACAGCUCUGUAGGUGUGCAUUUUGUAUGUGUGCUACAUUAUUAGCUAAAAAUAGGGGUCAAGCUCUUUUUUUUUUUUUUUUUUUUUUUUCCAGGCAAAGGAAUAAAUAUCACCUAAGCAGCUUAAAAACAUUGCUGUGCAUGAACGCUCACGCUACCGUGGUCCAAAAUAACCUUAAAUAGACACGCACGCGAUGAUGUUUACCUCCACGCAUGGUCACGCUUUACGCAGUAAUAUUUUUCUCCAGUUAAUGUCCAGGAGUGGAUGUGGCAUGGGGUGGCAACUGGCAUCCUAAAAGACAGGCUUGCCACCCCAAUCGGCACCAAUGUCAGGUUGCUUGUGUUCCUUUUUUAAAGGGGAAAUUUGGCUUCUACAUCUAAACCCUGUUGUGAAUGCAUGAGGUUCACUCAUACACCCACAGCAGGCUCCCCAUGUCGCUGUGCAAGCAUAAUUAACGCCCUAGUUAAGCUCAUCUGCAUUGCUCUUCAAAGGAGAUCAAUGCAAAUAGAUGCGAUUUGGCCACUGGCGCCAAUUAGGCCCAAAAUGUCUGUCUUCUAGCUUUGGAGACUUGGUUACUGUGAGGGUUUCAUCACAGGGGAAGAAAUACAUUUUCUGCAUAAUUCACUUCCAUUUUACUGGUAAAAUCCUAUCGCAGAACUAAUGCCGAAUUCCAGUGCGGCCCUCAGGACAGACUUUUAAGAGUUCUGUGCUGGGUUAGCAGGGCUCAUCAAGAACAGACCCUGUUUUAAGAAAGGUAAUAGUAAAAAUUCUCGCGUGCCGUGGGAAAAAAAUAAUGCUUGAUGGGUCAUCAUUUCGCAAGUGAGCCAAGAUAUUUAUGAGGCCUGACUUGGCCAGCGCAAGUGAACAGCUCCCUCAUUUAACGCAGCACCGAUCGCACGGUGUAAUUGAGGCGAGGGGAUGAGGGGAAGUUUUACAUUUCUAGCCUCGAGGUUCAAGCAAUGCGCUCCCCUAUAUACAUCCAACCUCAGUUAUUUCUUUAAGUGCUGCAUCAGAUCUGUUUGGCUGCACUUUAGCAUUAAUAUCAAAGGAAAUGAAAGCAUUCAGUCGGUAUAGCAAAAGAAAAAAAGAAGCCUAAUUGUUGAACAGGAAUGUUUUGUUGAUAAUCCUGGUAGAAGAAGUUACAUCCAUGAAGAGAUGUGAGGGAGCGAGGCAAAAGGACAAGUCAUUAAGACAUUAUGGCAUCCAAAAGUCACCAGGAAUCAGGCAAAGGAACACAAAAAUGGGAAAAAAAAGUACGUGCCAAUAAUGUUUUUGUUUGUGCGCCAACAUAUUAAUUAUCCCAUUAGUUUUACUAUAAGCUCACCUAUAUUUACAAUGCAAUGCAUGCUGGGAGGCACGUUUCUCGACUGCAGCGUUGACGGCAGGUGGCAGGGAAGUGAGAGAUUACAUUGAGCAGUGAUGUCCAAACAGAACAGCAAUAAAGCUUUGCAACCAAUUGAUUCAAAGCUUCAUGAGGCGAACAGUGUUGGCAAUUUGUUGAAGAAAAUGAUAUGAAUGACAGCAUGAACAAAAUGCAACAAGUCCUAUAAAGUUAAUUUGCUAUUCUUUUAUAUUUAGGAACGAUAGCUUUUUCACAGUGUAUUGGCAAAAUAUGUUAAAAAAAAAUAUGAGGGGGCUCCUAGCUACACGCUCGUCUAGGCCAGUGCUCCCCAACCACUGGGCCGGGGUCUGUGGCGCAUAUGCUACUGGGCUGCACAGAAAUAGUAAUUUAUUAAUGACAGCAUUUUGAUCUGUGCCGCUUGACACAACAAUCUGCCCACCUACUCUAUUGACUAGUCUUAGUAGAGAUGUAUGCACAUUGCCCUCUAGUGGUGGCCGCUCUUUCUGGGGUGUUUCCACAUCACAGUAGCAGCUAGCGUCAGUCAAUGUAAACGGUAACAUUAGCUGCCUGAUGCUAGCUGUGUGCUGUGGGCAUAGGACACGCUAGCGAAGAUUGGACAGAUUUU